GCAGAGAAACGUGAAUCCGGAGGUUGCGCUCUUCCGGGAGCCGGCAUUGGGGCCGUGACCCGUAGGGCCCUGCUGCAGGCGGCCCCGCGUUGGCGGGAACCUGGGCGGGAGUCUGGGGACGCGAGUUCAGGGCGCCUGGGGGCCCGGGAUCCUGUCCUCACUCCGCUCGCGACUCGCUGUGGGUCCGACACCUUCCUGUGUAACCCGUUCUGUCACAUGUGGAUGUUGCGGCUGAGAGAGGGAUGCGACUUGUUGGUGGCAGAUUCGAGACCGGAACCUUAAGCUUUUGACUCCUGGUGCAAAGAUUUAUCCACUGGCGGCUUUGCAGGACGAGGGAAAAAAAUGGCACUCCCUACACUGCCCUCCUACUGGUGCAGCCGGAGGCUCCUGGAUCAGCAGAUAGCACGACAAAGGGAGCAGGAGGCCCGGCUUCGGCAGCAGUGGGAACAGAACAGCCGUUACUUCAGGAUGUCUGACAUCUGCAGCUCCAAACAGGCACAAUGGAGCUCCAGAACCUCCUACCAACGGAGCAUGCUUGCCUAUCAGCGUGAGAAGAUGAAGGAGGAGAAGAGGAAGAGUCUGGAAGCCCGACGAGAGAAACUCAGGCAGCUUAUACUGGAGGAGCAGGACCUGCUGGCCACAGAGCUGGAGGAGCUGAGGCUGAGCAUGAACUUGCGGGAAAGAAGAAUUCGGGAGCAGCACAGGAAUCUGAAAUCAGCCCGAGAAGAGCAAAGAAAACUGAUUGCUGAACAACUUUUAUAUGAACACUGGAAAAACAACAACCCGAAACUUCGAGAGAUUGAGUUGGACCUUCAUAAGAAGCAUGUGGUAAACUCCUGGGAAAUGCAGAAAGAAGAAAAAAAACAGCAAGAAGCCGCUGAGGAGCAAGAGAACAAACGGUAUGAAAAUGAAUACGAAACGGCCCAAAGGGAAGCCAUAGAACGGAUGAGAGCGGAAGAGGAGAGGAGGCAGCUGGAGGACAAGCUUCAGGCUGAGGCGCUGCUUCAGCAGAUGGAGGAGCUGAGGCUGAAGGAGAGAGAGGCAACCAAACUGAAGAAGGAGCAGGAGAAUCUGCUGAAGCAGCAGUGGGAGCUGGAGAGGCUGGAGGAAGAGAGAAAGCGGAUGGCAGCCUGCCGGCAGAAGGCGGAGCUGGGGCGCUUUUUGAGACAUCAGUAUAAUGCACAACUGAACCGACGUACACAGCAGAUCCAAGAGGAACUGGAGGCAGACAAGCGGAUCCUGCAGGCACUCCUGGAGAAGGAGGACGAGAACCAGCGCAUCUACCAGGCCCGGCGGGAGCAGGUGCUGGCAGAUGCAGCCUGGAUGAAGCAGGUCAUCGAGGAGCAGCUGCAGCUGGAGAGGGCUCGGGAGGCCGAGUUGCAGGUGCUGUUGAGGGAGGAAGCCAAGGAGAUGUGGGAAAAGAGAGAGGCAGAGUGGGCCCGAGAGCGGAGCGCGCGGGACAGACUGAUGUGUGAGGUUCUGAUAGGGAGACAGCAACAAAUACAAGAAAGGAUUGAACAAAACCGACGGGCACAAGAGGAAUCCUUAAAACACAGGGAGCAGCUCAUUCGAAAUCUUGAGGAGGCAAGAGAGUCAGCUCGUCGUGAGAAAGAGCAGAGUGAAGAACUGAAAUCAGCCAGGAAGCAGGAGCUGGAAGCCCAGGUUGCAGAGCACCAGCUGCAGGCAUGGGAAGCAGACCAGCAGGAGGAGGAGGAAGAGGAGGAGGCCAGGCAGGCAGAGCAGCUUACUGACAUCCUGCUGCAGCAGGAGGCGAAGAUAAUGGCUGAGCAGGGCUACCAGCCUAAGCCUUAUGGACAUCCCAAAAUUGCUUGGAACUGACUUUGUUGUUUCUGUAAGCACAGAGAGCAAGGAUGCCAAGGCCUCUGAUACGUAGCCGCCAGACAGUCGUACAGCAUUCUGUUACAUUCAGUGUCCAGGGCACUGUCAGAUAGCUCGGCCAUGCCUGUUCAGGUACACGAUUAAAUGCACUGAGGGCUUGGCCAUGCAUUAAGGUGCCGUGGACAUGCAGCACCCGGCGAGAGGGCCUUUCCUGCCUUUCUUAUCUAAGAAAGGCUCUUUUAUAGGCACACAUUUGCAGUCCUGUCAGUGGUCUUGUGAUAAAUAAUGAGAGAUUCUAGAUCAAUACUAAGAGCUACGAGUUGUAUCUCAUGACAGGAUGCAUAGUUUCCUGCUGUCACACCCUUAAUUGUCAACCUUCAGUGAAGACUCUGGCUAGAGAUGUGACAGAUGUCUUUCAAUUUUUAUUAUUGCCAUUUAAAUUGAACUAUUGUAUUGAAAAUAAACUUGUAGGUCUUGGUGAAGUUUAUUCAGGGUUUAUUAAUUUAGUGGUCCCAAAAAGAUCAUGUCUUUUGUAUUCUGGAAGAAAACAACCAUGAACAAAUUAGAACCCUAGGACAGUCUGAUGUGGUACAUGGAUGCUUUCCAGAAAGGUGGAGAGAAAUGAGUCUUUCCUCCUUCAGGAAGCAUUUUGGUAGAAUUUUCAUAGGGCACUGGGGGGUUGGUAUGGGGAGGCGAUCCCAACAUGUAUGUUACGGAACCUCAAAAGAGACCUCUACAGAUCACCUGGCUUGCUAACCUUUAAAGGCAGGGCCGUGGUGUCUUGAGAAGGUCUUGGCUACGUGAAGCCUUCUGGGAUUUACUUGUCCAGAGGAAGGGGCACUGAAUGUAAAGAUACUAGUUCAGGCUUAGAACCCCAGACCGGCCAAAAAUUUCCCUCCCAGUUAAAUCAAUGUGACAUAGUUCUAGAUUAAUUUCUGCAAAUUCUUUGCUGCAAUAAUCAUAUUUUUAUGACAUUUUUUCCAUACUCUUUCUCUGAGGUUUCAGUUUUUAUUACAUUGUGUUUAAGAUUCCAUAUCUUAGUAAAUUACAGCUAAUUAUACGGCAUUGUUCCAUGGUUAUUAAAAACCAGAGUUUAUUAAAAAAUCCUGAGUCUAAGGACUUCAUUACCUUUUAUUUCCAUUGUGCUGCAAAAACAAAUUGAGCAGCAAACCACGUCCUUAAUCUGUUUUUCAUUUUCUUGUCUUGAAUUUCUUUGGAUAUGAUCCCCUGAGCACCACUUUCGUUAUACAUGCUCAUAUUUAUUUUCCUCAUUUCAGAUGUUCAUUAAUUGUGAAAUAAAGUUCUAGUUUGACAGCAUUGUUUCCAGGCUUUGUUACUGUUGCUCUUAUCUAUUGCUGCAAAGUGGGUUGUUAGAUUUUUACUGAUUUAAUCCACAUCUCCUACAGGUUUGGAUAUUUUUUAUAACUGGUCACAUUUUAUAGGUUACAUUCAUUUUUCUUGUGAAAGUGGUACUUUCUUCUUUCUUACUUCCACUGGAACCUCAGAAAAUUAUUAGUAAUCAUAUACUGUCUGAGCUGCAGUGUAGAAUUGAUGUGGAGAGAAUGCUUGGUAAACAGGUACUCAAAUAUUUACUGAACAAAUAUAUUGUCUUAAUUUUUUUGAAGCCUGGCGAUAGUCUUCCUUAUUAGUAUUAAAAUUAUAUUACGCUGAAUCUCCACCCUGUCUAUUUAAAUGUUUCUAAACUGGGUCAAAAUAUUUGUUUUCUAAAUUUAGAGGUUCUACUAUCUGUUAUAGCCCAUAUGCCUCAUAUCUUAUUAUGUAUUUUGAUUGUGUUGUGGUUAUAGAUACAUGUAUUGACUUUAUUGUUUUUUCUACUUAAAAUUAAUGAUUUCUAGGUUAUUCUUCAGCAGAAUCUUCUACGAAGGCCAAUUCCUUUAGUACAGAUGGUGUUAAAGCCUCUAAUAUAAAAUGAUUCUGUGCCAAUAUGUAAGUGACUUUUACUGGUUCUGCUACUCAUUUAGCACACAUUCUCCCUAGGGAAGGUAUAGUGCUAGGCCUGAGGAAGUUACAAAGCUGAACAAGAACAUUGGCAGACACUGGAAUCAGAUACACGGACAAGCAGACCUCAUUGGCAGGCACAGAGCCAGUUGUCACCCAUGGGGCUGAAGAGACCAUUUUGCAAUAAAUAGAGUCAGUACGUCUGUACCACGUAGGUUUUUAGGUAGUUUUCAGUGUCUGUAAAACAUAGAGCAUCAUUUCAAAGACAUUGUAAUGCCUUUAAAAACAUUGGCAUUAGUAGUUCUUAAUGACCUUGACUAACUUCAGCUGUGAAGCCACGUGGAGUUUGAUUUUAGGGAGUUUGACAUUGUAAGGUCUUCAUUUUAGAGGGGCAUUAACUUGAUGACUUAAUGUUGUGAUCACUCAAGAAAUAGUAUCGACCUCAAAGGAUAACAUUGCAUGUGAUUUCUUUAACCGUAACUGCAAUUUAUUUUCAUUGCUAUCCAUAGUUCAUUGUGUAAAUAUACUAUUAUUUAUUUA